CUACUUAAUUAUAUCUUUCGAAAGAAAAAAAUAUUUAAAUACACAAAUUAUUACAACAGUCUUUCAAUAUUUAAUAACACAAAUCAUUAACUUUUAUAAUAACUUGAAACAUAAUUUUGUUAUGUACAUUUCAUUGUGAAGGAAAUUGAAAAAAAAUACCUUUUUAGUGAUGCAUUUCUUUAAUUAACCAGUCGUUUGAGCGUGAAAUUAGUUUUAUUUCUCUUAUUGUUAUUAACAUUAGAAUAUUUUUGUUCUUAACCUAUAAGAAUAAUGUUCACAAGCGUGACAUUUUUGGUUUCUUUCACACUUCUAUCGUAUGAAACUGGUGCUAUUCGAACGUGCAAGCCAAGUUCUUAUUUCACACUGAAUGGUCGACUGUGCUAUUGUGAUUAUCUAGGCAGAUGGUCCGAAACAAAUUGCAAAAUUAUAGCUCGAAGGCAAUCAUGUCAGCCGGGACAGACAAUUUGGCAAGGUUGCCAUCGAUGCACAUGCCAAAGAAAUGGUCAGCUUUCUUGUUCAAAUGAUUGUCAGUUAGAUGCUGCAAGACCACAUGAUUUCCUUGAUUACGGCUCUAUAUGCACACCGUAUAGAUCAUAUUAUGUUAAUUGCAGUCUCUGUUUCUGUCCUGCUUCAGGGUUAACCUUUAGUGCACAGUGCGUGAGUGAUUCUUCAUGUUCCGUAGACCCUAACACUUCAGAUAUCCAGAUAUUGGCGAAAGCCAGUCAAUGUAUACCCAACGUCAUGUAUUUAUUCCCUUGUAUUCAGUGCCUAUGUUCGGAAACAGGGUAUUUUAUUUUAGAUAAAUGUUUAGAAAAAUGUCAGUCGCAAGUCAAACCGCAACGUAGAUGUAUCCCCGGUUCCUUAUACAGAAAAGAUUGUUUAGUAUGUCGUUGUCCGGACGAUAGCAUACCAGAUGAAAAGCUGUGUGUGAAAGGAUUGUGUCAUAAAAAUAAACAUUUGUACUCAUUGCGGUCAACACCAAAUCGUUGCGUUCCACACACUUUCACAAAACCUGUAUGCCUUUAUUGUGACUGCGGUUCCGAAGGCACUGUCAAUGAGGACUCCUGUCUAGAGUUGGAUUGCUCUAAAGCGGUAGAGUUCAAGACAUAUACUGAAACAGAUACUUGUAAUCCUGGAGAAUUGGUCUCAAUUUGUAUAGAAUGCUUUUGUCUCAAUGAUGGUCGGACGAAAAAUAUAUAUUGUACAAGAGUAUGCACGUACCAAAGUAAAUUGAAUGUUCUAGAAAAACUUUUAAAUCACAGUCUCACGGAUGUGAGUUUGAUUGACAAAAGUAAAAUAACAAAAGCUAGAACCGGCGAAGAUUGCGAGCGUAAUACUCUUUAUAUAGACGAAGGCAGAUACUGCUUGUGUUCCAAUAAUAUGGACGGAAGCCUGAAAUUCUGUACUUCAUUCGUAGAAAAUAUUGCAAAGGUAGCCGAAACUACGAAAUUAUUAAGUAAGAACCACAUAGAUAUAACGGAAGAUUGCGAAUCAAAUACCCUAGUGGAUUUCGAUUGUAAUACAUGCUACUGCAAUAAGAAUGGAAAAAUUGAUCCUAAAUGGUGUACUGACGAUGAUUGCGAAGCUAAAAGAAUAGUCGAAGAAUCUCAUAAAGUCCAGCCUUAUAUAGAUCCUGUGAAAGAUUCCGAAGGAUCUUGCGUUCCGGGUUCUAUAUCAAAAAUCAAAUGUAAUUUCUGCAUUUGUCCGGACAGCGGGGCGCUUAAAGAACGAGUAUGUACGAAAAACAUAUGCGAGGAUAACAAGGCGAUGAUGUACGAAAAGUUCACUUGCGAACCCCUCGCAUAUUAUGAAGUCGACUGCAAUAUCUGCUAUUGUCCCCAAGAUGGCUUGAAAAAUGUAGCUAUGUGCAGCAAAAAUCAAUGCGAGAAAUCUUUCCUUAGAUCGACUGAGUGCAUCCCGGGUAACUUGUUCAGCGAUGAAUGCAACGUUUGUGUGUGUCCGCCAAAUGGAAAUAAAAUAGACAAAGUAUGCAUGAAUCACACGUGCAGCUUACCACCAUGGAAUACCAUCAUAUUGUCCCAUACAUUGGUGGAGCAGCAGAUAAAUAAGGAUCCGACGAGGAGUUUGGACCUGUGCUAUCCGGGUGAAGAAUUCGUGAUGGGCUGCAAAUUAUGUGUGUGUCCAGACUUAGGACUAAAAGUGUAUGCAACCUGUGAAUCAGUGCUGUGCAAAGACAACUUUAUUUCAUUUAGAAACAUAUCUAAAGACGACGGUGGUAGAACAUCCGAUAAUUCCGAAAACGAGUCAAAUUUUUUAUACCACUCGAGACAAAAGAGGGAAGAUAUCAAUACGUGCUUUCAUUUAAACAUCUCUCAUAGCGCGGAGAGAAAGGACUGCACUCCUGGUACAACGUAUAUUAUUAGAUGCAAGCAGUGUAUAUGUCCUUAUAUCGGAAACAUCAACAAUUUUUGCCGUCCAUUGCCAAAAUCAACGUUUUGCGAAGAAGCAUAUCCCGGCUUUAACUAUUUGCCUAUGGGCCGAAGAAAUCGUGCAAAUACGAGUACUACAGAAUCUAACAGCAAGGUAUACACAGUGACCGUUAAACAUUUAAAUCACACCGUACAUAAAUGCGACGAGCCCGGGACCUUCAGAGAUGAAUGUCACAUAUGCCAAUGCGAAAAUAAUAUUAUUAUAGAGGAACACUGUUUUAAAAGUGACGCCAAAAACUGCAGCGACGUAAAGUUAUAUUCUUCUCGUAAUAAAACAAUAAACAUCUAAA